GGGCUGGAGGGGUAAAGUUGCGCCCGGGCAGCGGCGGGAGCCGGACAGCAGGGCCGGCGUGCGGGCGAGAGGAAGCCGGGCGCAGAGGAUCGGGCCGAGAGUGGGGAGCGCGGCAUGGAGCGUCUGGCGCCCCGAGCCUGCCUCGCCCUGCUGUGGGGCUGCGUGCUGACCGCGGCCGCGGCGCAGGGUAAGGAAGUCGUGCUCUUGGACUUUGCCGCAGCUAAAGGGGAACUCGGCUGGCUCACACACCCAUAUGGCAAAGGGUGGGACUUGAUGCAGAACAUUAUGGAUGACAUGCCCAUCUACAUGUAUUCUGUGUGCAACGUGGUGGCCGGCGACCAGGACAACUGGCUCCGUACCAACUGGGUGUACCGUGGGGAGGCAGAGCGCAUCUUCAUCGAGCUCAAGUUCACCGUGCGUGACUGUAACAGCUUCCCAGGUGGCGCCAGUUCCUGCAAAGAGACCUUCAACCUCUACUAUGCAGAAUCGGACGUGGACUACGGUACCAACUUCCAGAAGCGCCAGUUCACCAAGAUCGACACCAUUGCACCGGAUGAGAUCACAGUCAGCAGCGACUUUGAGGCACGCCACGUGAAGCUGAACGUGGAGGAGCGCUCUGUGGGGCCGCUCAGCCGCAAGGGCUUCUACCUGGCUUUCCAGGAUAUUGGUGCCUGUGUGGCGCUGCUCUCUGUCCGUGUCUAUUAUAAGAAGUGUCCUGAGCUGCUGCAGGGCCUGGCCCGCUUCCCCGAGACCAUUGCGGGCUCCGAUGCACCCUCUCUAGCCACUGUGGCUGGCACCUGUGUGGACCAUGCCGUGGUGCCGCCUGGUGGUGAAGAGCCCCGCAUGCACUGUGCGGUGGACGGCGAGUGGCUGGUGCCCAUUGGCCAGUGCCUGUGCCAGGCAGGGUAUGAGAAGGUGGAGGACGCCUGCCAUGCCUGCUCGCCUGGAUUCUUCAAGUCUGAGGCUUCUGAGAGCCCCUGUCUGGAGUGCCCUGCACACACCCUGCCGUCCCCCGAGGGGGCCCCCCACUGUGAGUGUGCCGAAGGCUACUUCCGGGCAACACAAGACCUGCUGUCCAUGCCCUGCACUCGCCCGCCCUCUGCCCCGCACUACCUCACGGCUGUGGGCAUGGGUGCCAAAGUGGAGCUGCGCUGGACACCCCCCCAGGACAGCGGGGGCCGCAAGGACAUCAUCUACAGUGUCACCUGUGAGCAGUGCUGGCCCGAGUCAGGCGAGUGCGGGCCCUGCGAGGCCACCGUGCACUACUCCGAGCCACCGCAUGCCCUGACCCGCACCAGCGUGAUAGUCAGUGACCUGGAGCCCCACAUGAACUACACCUUUGCCGUCGAGGCCCGCAACGGUGUCUCGGACCUGGUGGCCAGCCGCAACUUCCGCACUGCCAGCGUCAGCAUCAACCAAACAGAGCCCCCCAAGGUGAAGCUGGAGGGCCGCAGCACCACCUCGCUGAGUGUCUCCUGGAGCAUCCCCCUGCCGCAGCAGAGCCGUGUGUGGAAGUAUGAGGUCACCUACCGUAAGAAGGGGGACUCCAACAGCUACAAUGUGCGCCGCACUGAGGGUUUCUCCGUGACCCUGGAAGACCUGACUCCAGACACCACCUACCUGGUCCAGGUGCAGGCGCUGACGCAAGAGGGCCAGGGUGCCGGCAGCAAGGUGCACGAGUUCCAGACGCUAUCCACGGAAGGAUCUGGCAACAUGGCAGUGAUUGGUGGGGUGGUCGUUGGCGUUCUCUUGCUCCUGGUGCUGGCAGGAAUCGGCCUCUUCAUCCACCGCAGGAGGAAGAACAUGCGAGCCCGCCAGUCCUCAGAAGACGUUUACUUCUCCAAGUCAGAACAACUGAAGCCCCUGAAGACAUAUGUGGACCCUCACACAUAUGAGGACCCCAACCAGGCUGUGCUCAAGUUCACCACCGAGAUCCAUCCAUCCUGUGUCACGAGGCAGAAGGUGAUCGGAGCAGGAGAGUUUGGGGAGGUAUACAAGGGGACCCUGAAGGCAUCGGGGAAGAAAGAGGUGCCCGUGGCCAUCAAGACACUGAAAGCUGGCUACACAGAGAAGCAGAGGGUGGACUUCCUCAGCGAGGCGAGCAUCAUGGGCCAGUUCAGUCACCACAAUAUCAUCCGCCUAGAGGGUGUCAUCUCCAAAUACAAGCCCAUGAUGAUCAUCACUGAAUACAUGGAGAACGGGGCCCUGGACAAAUUCCUCCGGGAGAAGGAUGGCGAAUUCAGCGUGCUGCAGCUCGUGGGCAUGCUGCGGGGCAUAGCAGCUGGCAUGAAGUACCUGGCCAACAUGAACUAUGUCCACCGUGACCUGGCCGCCCGCAACAUCCUCGUCAACAGCAACCUGGUCUGCAAGGUGUCUGACUUCGGCCUGUCCCGCGUGCUGGAGGACGACCCCGAGGCCACCUACACCACCAGUGGUGGCAAGAUCCCCAUCCGAUGGACAGCCCCGGAGGCCAUUUCCUACCGCAAGUUCACCUCAGCCAGCGAUGUGUGGAGCUAUGGCAUUGUCAUGUGGGAAGUGAUGACAUAUGGCGAGCGGCCCUACUGGGAGCUGUCGAACCACGAGGUGAUGAAAGCCAUCAACGAGGGCUUCCGGCUGCCCACGCCCAUGGACUGCCCCUCUGCCAUCUACCAGCUCAUGAUGCAGUGCUGGCAGCAGGAACGCACCCGCCGCCCCAAGUUCACGGACAUCGUCAGCAUCCUCGACAAGCUCAUCCGAGCUCCCGACUCCCUCAAGACCUUGGCUGACUUUGACCCCAGAGUGUCCAUUCGGUUGCCUAGUACCAGCGGCUCGGAAGGGGUGCCCUUCCGCACAGUGUCUGAGUGGCUCGAGUCCAUCAAGAUGCAGCAGUACACGGAGCAUUUCCUGACGGCUGGCUACACUGCCAUCGAGAAAGUGGUGCAGAUGACCAACGAUGAUAUCAAGAAGAUCGGGGUGCGGUUGCCUGGCCACCAGAAGCGCAUCGCCUACAGCCUGCUGGGACUCAAGGACCAGGUGAACACAGUGGGGAUCCCCAUCUGAGCCCAGACAGGCCUCGAGCCCGCUCAGCCAGGAAUACUUGAAGACAGAGUGGCUGCCCUAUCAACUCUACACUGUGCCGCCAGGGACCUUAUUUAUUUCCAGUUGUUCUGUACUGAUGCCACCCUGAGACCUCUGGUGGGGGAGGGCUGUCUUGGAUGACACCUUGGCCUGAACUGAGGAGAUGAUCGGGGACCCUGGGAUGGGGACGUCUUUGCCCAUGAAGGCAAGCACUUAGCAGGCACUGCCAUGUUCCCAGCAUCCCCUGGGGCAGGCGCCCCGCCAAGGCCUUGGAUACAUGCGGGACAUUUCCAGACUGACCUCCCCUUUGCCGUCUCGAGAGGUGGGGGAGGUUAGCCUGUGGACACAAGAACAGGGUACCUCCAGCCUCACCUGCUCACAAGAAGAGGGCAGACAGCAAACUCAGCCGGGUGAGACCAAAGCUGCUCCCGUCCUUCUAGUGCCUUCCUCAGCCCCCCAGGCCCUGUCCUCAGCCCCAACAGGCUAAACUCUUGCUUUCCCGGGGCCCUUGCAGGAUGCUUGGUUGUGUUGAGGUUUUUUAAAUAUAUAUUUUGUACUUUGUGGAGAGAAUGUGUAUGUGGCAGGGGGCCUGGCCAGGGCAGAGGGCAGACGAUGGCCUGUGUCAGACAUUCCCAGGCUGGGGACCUGUCCAUCCGGUCCUUUGUCCCUUUAGACAAUAUUCAUUACUCUGUCAGUGUUAAAUGAUUUUGUUUUUCUUAGGUAUUUUUUUGAACCUUAAUUUAUUAUUAUUUUUUUUAUAUUUAUUGUUAGGAAAUGACUUAUUUCUGCUCUGGAAUAAAGUUGCAGAUGGUUCAAACUGA